AUGAACGCUGCAUCUGAUACCUCGUCUGGUAGGGAGAACCACUUAAAGAAGGGCUCUAAAGUUUCUCCUUAUGAAGCAUUAAUUGCUGGAUCACUUUCAGGUGCUAUAGCUAGAGGAAUAAUUGCACCAUUGGAUACAAUAAAGAUAAGAUUACAGCUUCAGAUACAGGGAUAUGAUACUUACAAAGGUGCAAGUAAAACUUUUGUUAGUAUUUGUAAGAAUGAAGGUGUCAAAGCUUUAUGGAAGGGAAAUGUCCCUGCAGAAAUAUUGUACAUUUUGUAUGGUGCUAUACAGUUUACUUCUUAUUCAGCUUUGAGCAAAGCAUUAUCGGAGUUUGAAAAGAAUAACCGUAAUCUUUUUACCAUAAGCAACUCUACGCAUUCAUUAAUUGCUGGGUCCGGAUCUGGUUUAGCAAGCACAUUCUUCACGUACCCGUUUGAUCUAUUGAGAACAAGAUUAGCUGCUAAUUCAGAAGCCCAUUUUUUGUCUAUGCUGUCCACCAUAAAACUGAUAUAUGAAAUGCAUGGUAUUGGGGGGUUUUGCAAAGGCUUGACCCCUGGUUUACUUUCUGUAGCAUCGUCUACGGGUCUUAUGUUCUGGUCGUAUGAACUAGCUCGUGAGUUUUCAAAUAAUUAUAAAGAUGUUAUCCCAUUUUUAGAAGGUUUCUGUGGUUUUAUAGCUGGUGCCACUGCGAAGGGACUAACCUUUCCACUUGACACCCUAAGAAAGCGGAUCCAAAUGUUAUCGAAAACUCGCGAUAUAGAUCAAAAUUCAAUCAAGGCGAUUCAAUUAUGUAAAACAAUACUUAAGAAUGAAGGGAUCUUUGGGUUUUACAAGGGGUUCAGUAUUAGCAUUUUAAAAAGUGCUCCUACUAGUGCAAUAUCACUCUUCACUUAUGAAUAUUCGCUUAGUGCUAUCAAAGAAUUCACAAGUAAACAUAAAAAAUUAUAA